CUACCUACCUACCUACCUACCUACCUAAGCUUCCUUUUUCUCAUAUUCUACACGUUCGCGCGUUCUUACGAUUAAUCGAUGCUGCACUGCAGCACAUCAAAUUAGCGAAGGAGGCUUGACUCUGCAUACACUGCCUCUUCCCCAUCGUUCGCUACCUGUUCUGCCCCAAACCCCCAAACCAUUUCGUCCGAAGUUGUUCGUCUGUUGGUGGGACCCGUCCGUCAUGUCGCUCUCGAAACAACGCAUAUCGUCGCCCCUCGAGGCAGGCAGGUCGAUCAUGGAUGCACACAAUCUGCCCCCAGAGCUGACGAGUACAAUGGAGUAUGCGUCCAAGAGGCUCGCACGCAAGAAUCUACACAUCACUCUGAUUGUAGUGAAGAACGAAUAUCAAUUACCGACCCUACGGCCAUGCGCGACCCCGACUUCGCCCCCGCAGACACCCGAGUACUCGGCGUUGGGCCUCGCCUCACCAUCACGUUUCACAUCCCCGGUCGUGGGAUUACGACAGUUGGUGCGGCGGGGAACCGGCAGCUCCAUCGCUUCAUCUAGCUCAGGCUCCUCCACGUCAUCCUCAUCCUCAAGUUCAGAAACGGCGUCUAGCGUGUUGAUGUCUCCUACUUUUUCGCCGUUAUCAGCGGAGCCAAUCGCCAGCCCCCGGCGAUGGAUCCUUCCUCUAACGCCAGGAAGCCCGCUCCCUUCCACACCGCUGACGCCCCACACACCAUCAAGCAUUGCCACGAUAACAAGCGCUGCGUCUUCAUGUGCCACUUCACAUCCGUUUCAGAACCCAGAAUCCUUUGGGGUUCGACUAAUCUAUACCUCACCUAUCUCGCCAAGGGACGAGAAGAUGAUACGUGCCACAAUUACCAGAGCAGAGCGUAAAUUCCACAUAGGGGUAGGCAGAAUACCACCAGUCAUGUCCGCCUCGGCAUGUGGGCUGAGCGCGGACCUCAUAAGGCAGAGCAUCCAACAAAAUGAGGUGCUUUUCUCGUCUGAGGGAUUGACACUGCUGGGAUUGGACAGAUUAUAUAGCUUCAAGGCAGCGCUUGCUGCAUAUGCGAAGUCGAUCAUCACACCCAGCUCGCGAAUGCAGUCACCGCUUAGCUCACCCGGACUAUCAAAUCACCCCAUAAUGCCGCCUCCAACGUCCACACACACGACAGCAGACAGUUCACGUCUGGAAGACGCAGUGGACUGUUUGCGUCGCCUAGUACUGGCAAACGGCAGCCGGCCAGUACCGAAGGCGGAUAUAUACCGCAGCUUCGAUUGGAUGGGUGUAAACGCAACAGCGUUAGCAGAUGUCGAAAGUAUGUACAGACGUGCGUAUGGUGGUCCCGAACGACGAGGCCCAUUUGAGCUGCCUCUCAUACCCAAGGGUCAGGAGCCCACCCCAGAGAAAGAUGACGACGCAAAACGUAUGGGUUUCAUAAAAAUCGGCACGCCGCCGCCGCCAAAGGCCCAGACAACGCCCGUGUUGAAAUUAAAUACCAACAUCACGACAACACCACGUCUCAUUAAGCCAAAACCAAAAGCAGUGCCUCAAGCCUCGGGUUCCACCGAGUCAAAUCGAGCACAACAGGCUAGUAGUAGCGCCAAGGGUGGGAGUGGGAAUAACGCCGAGACGCUAGAGAUCAGAUUCGACUAUUCGGAGAUCGCGACAGAGAAGCGCGACGACUGCGCCGACGAAGACGGAGACAAGACACCGCACCCCCUACGCGACGGGCCCGUGCGGCCGUCCAUGUUCUGGCCGAACGGCAACGCCCUAGGCCAAUCAAUCGACGAGAUGCUAUCGCCUUGCGACUACAGACAGUCACAGCGACUCGGGCCCUUGACGCCGAACGGGUACGAUGAUAUUUCGCCGAUCACAAGAGGUGAAUGGGGGUUUUUGUUCAAAGGCGACACGUGGACGCCGGGGCGUACAGCGGUGGUAGAGACGUGUUGAGCGAUCAUUAAAAUUGCAUCAGGACAUAGAUAUCCCAUAUAAGAGGGCGGCCUGGACCAACUGUAGCAUUAGUAGACUACCUGCGCAAUGAACAUUAUGAUAUCCAUCCAACGAAUACCCGUCUCGUCGCC